UGAGUGAGUUCUCAGUAACAAGAGCAGCAAGGGCUAGAAAGUUGAAAAUAGAUGUCAUAUGAUACCAAUUAUAACUCAGUGAGAUUUUGCAGUACCAAGAACCUAUACAGAGGGUGAGCCAAAAUGGAAGACGGUCCUGUUUCCUAUGGCUUUAAAAACAUUUUUAUUACAAUGUUUGCUACCUUUUUUUUCUUCAAACUUUUAAUUAAAGUUUGUUUGGCUCUCCUGACUCAUUUCUAUAUCGUCAAAGGAAAUAGAAAAGAAGCGGCUAGGAUAGCAGAAGAGAUCUAUGGUGGAAUUUCAGAUUGUUGGGCUGAUCGAUCCCCUCUUCAUGAAGCUGCAGCCCAGGGGCGCUUACUGGCCCUUAAAACUCUAAUUGCACAAGGUGUCAACGUGAACCUUGUGACCAUUAACCGGGUCUCUUCGCUCCACGAGGCGUGCCUUGGAGGUCACGUAGCCUGCGCGAAAGCCUUAUUGGAAAAGGGCGCACACGUCAACGGAGUGACAGUGCACGGAGCCACGCCCCUGUUCAACGCCUGCCGGAGCGGCAGUGCUGCGUGUGUCAACGUGCUGCUGGAGUUUGGAGCCAAGGCUCAGCCAGAGGUGCACUUGGCCUCACCCAUCCAUGAGGCAGUGAAGAGAGGUCAUAGAGAGUGCAUGGAGAUCCUGCUGGCAAAUAACGUUAACAUUGACCAAGAACUGCCUCAGCUUGGAACUCCCUUGUAUGUGGCCUGCACCUACCAGAGGGUAGACUGUGUGAAGAAACUUCUAGAAUUAGGAGCCAGUGUGGACCGCGGCCAACAUCUGGACACUCCCCUGCACGCAGCAGCGAGGCGGUCCAGCGCGGAGGUCAUCCACCUCCUGGCCGACUAUGGGGCCCCCCUAAAGUGCAGAAACGCAGAGGGCAAAAGCGCGCUGGAUCUGGCCACUCCCAACAGCAGCGUGGAGCAGGCACUCCUGCUCCGGGAGGGCCCACCGGCUCUUUCUCAGCUCUGUCGCCUGUGUGUCCGGAAGUGCUUGGGUCGAGCAUGUCAUCAAACCAUCCGUGAACUCCAUCUGCCAGAGCUGCUGGAAAGAUUCCUGCUCUACCAGUAGUCCCAGCUGGCUGGGGGAAGAUACCUGGAAAUAAGCAGGUUGUUGCCUGCUGUAUCCAGGGUACCUAGAGUAGAUGCCCAACCACUAGACUCUGACUAUCUUCGGAUGAGCUAAGUCAGUUAGUGUAGGUCCCUGAUAGACCGGAACCCUUGAGGAGUGGAAACUCCCCAUUAACCAAGGGGCAACCAACACAGAGCCUUUUUGUUUUUAGCCCUUGUUGUUAAGAAACUUUAAAAAUCUGUGAAGGAAAGUGAAAAAUAAUCUAUGUUUGAAGAUUCAUGAUCUUUAAUUAUCUAAGGGUCAAUAUUCUGAACAUCAUACAGACACAUGUAAAUCUGGGCGAAUAAGAUUGUGAUGAGUGUAAGUAUUUUAAGAUGUGCUCCUGAUUUAUUUCCUCCCUCUUUCCCCUUUCUUUCUUUGCUUCUGUGAAUAAACCUCUGCUAUAAUUUUGAUUUCCUUGCUAUUUAUACACACACACACACACACACACACACACACACACAUGCUGAAUACAUUAAAAACAUCACAGUUAAUGGAGACUUCCAGUUACUGAGGUCCUGGUUGAUAAGGGAGAUGUUGGAAGAGAUUAGCUCACCCAGAAGUUGGGGUCUAUUGCUCAUCA